AUGGCCGAGAAGACGCUAGACGAGGUGGGAGAAGGAGGCAGCCCGGUCGCAUCUGACUCCGAGGUGGCGGCUGGAUCUAGCAUCAACGAGGGCGCGUUGCUGAGGAAGAUCGAUUUGAGGCUCUUGCCUGCGGUGGGUGUUUUGUAUCUGCUGUCUUUUCUGGACCGGAGCAAUGUUGGAAAUGCGCGAAUCGAGGGGCUGCUGGCCGAUGUGCAUAUAACUGCGAACCAAUAUCUCACGGGACUGACGCUAUAUUUCGUGGGAUAUGUGCUAUUUGAGAUACCUUGCAACAUUAUACUCAAACGCACCACACCGCGAAUCUGGCUCCCGACGCUAACGGUGGUAUGGGGUGUCGUGGCCACGUUGAUGGGCAUAGUCCAUAAUAUGGAAGGAUAUUUCUUGAGUCGAUUCUUUCUCGGAGCCGAGAGUGGUCUGUUCCCGGGCGUCGUGUUCUACUUCUCCAUGUGGUAUAAGAGACGUGAGCGCCAGUACCGGAUCUCUCUCUUCUUCAGUGCCGCGUCUCUUGCUGGUGCAUUCGGUGGUAUCCUGGCUUAUGGCAUCGGAAGGAUGAGCGGAAUCGUAUGGACGAACGGAUGGCGUUGGAUCUUCAUAUUGGAAGGAAUCCUCACAGUCCUCGUAGCCCUCGCGGCAUACGGCUUCGUGUACAACUACCCAGACACCUCCAAGUUCUUGAACGAAGACGAACGAAAAUUCAUCCACCAACGCCUAGCAGCAGACAGCGACGCCACGAACGACGAAGUGUUUACCUGGGCUGCCGUGCGAGAAGCCCUGAAGGACGCGAACUGCUGGCUCUACGGGCUGGGGUUCCACACGAUGAGCUUGCCCCUGUACACGCUCUCCCUAUUCUUGCCCACCAUCAUCGCGAACCUAGGCUACACAGCCGCAACCGCGCAGCUCCUCACCGUGCCCCCCUACGCCUUCGCCUUCCUCACCACCGUGACCAUCGCCAUCCUGUCCGAGCGCCUCGGCCAGCGCGCCCUCUUCAUCGGCGGCUCCGCGCUCUUCGCCGUCGUCGGGUACUGCAUCCUGCUCAGCAACGCCGACCCCGUCGCGCGCCCCGGCGUCAGCUACACCGGCGUCUUCUUCGCCGCCGGCGGCAUCUACCCGGCCACCGCGCUCGUGCUCUCCUGGCCCGCCAUCAACGUCUCCGGCCAGACCAAGAGAGCGGUCGCCAACGCCAUGCAGAUCAGCAUCGGCAAUCUGGGCGCGGUGCUCGGCACGCAGCUGUACCGCGGGGCGGACGGGCCGCGGUUUGUGGUGGGGCAUGCGGUGGCGCUGGGGUAUUUGGUCGCGAAUGCGGUGGUGGUUACGGUGUUGGGGAGGAGGCUGAGGAGAGAGAAUAGGAGGAGGGAGGGGCUGGCGGAGGAGAUUACGCAUGUGGGGGAGGUGGAGGAUUGGAGGGGGGAUUCGGAUGUUAGGUGGCGGUUUGAGUAUUAG